GUUUUUUGGCACCGGAAGCGAUAUAGUUUGAACAUCCGACUAAGUAUAUAAAAUAGUAAACAAGCGCAUGUAUUGACGAUGUCGUGUAAAGAUUUUAGUUCAAUGUUUAUUAGAAUGUUUGGGUCAUUUUUAUAUUUAAUUCUGUUUUAGCUGUGCUUUUGCUGCAACAUGUCAGUAUCUCAUCCUUUGCUAAAACAGUUAAAAGGAAAUAUCUAUGAUCUUAGAAAGCAUCUCAAUAAAGAAGAGAUUCAAGAUUUUCAUCCAAACCUUUUACCCUUAUGUCAAACCUUGGAAGAAAUUUUCAGGAAAGGAUUAAAAACUUCAACGAGUACUCCUUUUGGGGUAAUGAAAAAGGAUUACUGGUUUUGGAUACAUCAUUUAUAUGAACAUAAUGAGAAAUACUGUGUUCCAUUUAACCUGGUGGAUACUAUUGAAAGUGUAGAAAACAGUAAAAAGGUUCAUACAAAUAUUGGAAAAGGUAGAUUAUUUAUCAGAACAGCUUUAUCAAAAAAGCUUUUACAGUCCUUUUUGGAAUUUUUCUUGAAAGAUGAAGUAUUUGUAUUUUCAAUGUAUGAUCCUGAAACAUCCAUUUUAGGAAAUGAAAUUUUGGCAGAAAUACUUUCAUCACUCUUUCAUGAAGUGAACAAAAUAGAUUUCAAGCUUGAAUUGAAG